AUCAGAAUGAUUUAAUUAGUUUUUCAAAAUUAUUCUAUUGUUUUUUAGAUGUAUUGUUGAUCUUACAGUUUUAAGUUAAUCUUUUGUUACUCUUGUUAUGUUUUAACUGUUAAUCUGUAGAUAAAUUUCACUGUAAAAAGAAAACACCUCAAUAGGAACAUUAGAAUAGCAAGUAGAUUGUUACACCUGUACAUCUUUUGAUAUCCCUUUAAUUAUGGCCGCUGCUACAACAGCUUAUUACCCGCCCGAACCCAAGUCUUACCAUGGAGUGCGAAUAUUGGAGCCCAUGUAUCGAAAUGUUGGUCUGUCCGUUGACCAGGGUAAUUUUUGUUUGGUACAAUUCACCGGUUUAGCUUUGGCAAUGCUCUAUUUUCGAGUCACCCGAUUAUUCAAAUUCUCUGAUACACAGAAACACCUGAUCAUGUUACUACCUGGAAUUGUUUUGUGUUAUUUUUGUUUCGGUUAUCAGACAAGUAAUUUAUUUGUUCUUGCAAUGUUAUGUUAUAUUACUUUGUGUGCCUGUGACCCUCGAUUUGUCCAUUGUGCUGUUCUUGGCAUUUCCAUGCUCUAUCUUUCUUACCUUCAUCUAAUUCGUCAAAUAGAGGACUAUGGUGGUUAUUCUAUUGACAUAACUGGUCCAACCAUGAUUAUUGUACAAAAAGUGUCCAGUCUCGCAUUUUGCCUGCACGAUGGUCGAGGUCGAUUAGAAAAAGAUCUUACACCGGAACAGAAGCAAUUACGAGUUACCAGGAUUCCAACACUACUUGAAUUCCUAUCCUAUGUAUUUCAUUUUCCAAGUGUAAUGUGUGGCCCAUUAGUUUACUUUAAGAAUUACUUGGAGUUUAUUGAUGGAACCAAUUUUUCAAAGCACAUUGAAUCGCCUGAAGCUGAAAAGAGACCAGCUCACCCAGGCUUUGCUGUUAUUAGAAAAUUAUCCGUCAGUUUCUUUUUCGCAAUCAUGAUUGUCACAUAUGCACCAAAAUUCCCAAUAACCAAACUUUAUGAUGAUAAGUUCCUUGCAGAUUCUUCCUUCAUCAUGGUUAUAGCUUACAUGUUGGCAGCCACGGCCAGUGCUCGGUUUAAAUAUUAUUUCGCCUGGAAUUUUGGUGAAGCCUGUUGUAAUGCCGCUGGUCUAGGCUUCAACGGGUUCAACUCGAAAAAUGAAUCGAAAUGGGAUCUACUUGAUGCUGUUGAUAUCCUUCGGUUCGAGUUCUCGCGUAACCUUCGAGAAGCUUUGGAGGCCUGGAACAAAACUACGCAAUGUUGGUUGAGACGAUCGGCCUAUGAAAGAUCACCUAAAUAUCGCAUGUUAGCGACCUAUGUUUUAUCCGCCAUGUGGCAUGGAUUUUAUCCUGGUUACUAUUUAACCUUUUUAUCUGGAGCUUUAUUCACACAAGGAGCUCGAACAGCCCGACGAUGUCUUCGUCAUCACUUCCAAUCAACACAAUGGUUAUCAUUUGUCUAUGAUAUUCUUACCUGUUUAUUCACUCGAAUCAUGAUGGCUUAUCUUGUCUUCCCGUUUGUUGUUUUGACUUUAGCCGAUUCUUGGAAAAUUUACUGUCGAACUUAUUUCUUUGGACAUUUGAUUGUUUUAUUUGGAAUCAUCGUACUUCCCCUGAUUGUCCGACCUCUUAAAACUGAGCGAAAUGCAGUUGAGAAUGGUAAUAAAAAAUCAAAGUCCAAUUGAAAUAAUUUACUCUGCACUUGCGAGCACGAACAAAAAGUAAACCAAAUCAAUCAACCAAAAAGAAUCAAUUCAAAAUUGUAUCAACUUUUAGACUCAAACGGAAACGCACCUGAUUCGAUAAAAAUAUGACCUUAAAUCCAACCAGUUCUAAAGUGAUCGAUCCAAAGGACAAGCAGUUUUCUGCAGCGCUACUUACUGAAAAUCGAACUGUGAUUUAUAUCAUCUUCCAGUUUCUUUGGAGCAUUCAAUUAUCGAACAACUAAUGCGUUAAAUCUUAUUCUCUUUUUACUCUUCUUCUUAAUAACAAUUUGAUAUCAUCACCGAUCUGCGAUUUGUUUGUUGAAUACUUUCCAUGCAAAACAAUAAUAAAUCAUCGACUGUCAUCAACUAACGGACAACUUACCUCAUCAAAAUUCAUCAAUAUCUCAAAAUCAUCCUUGAAAUUAUCGCAUCAAAUUAAAUCAAGAAAUGCUCAUCACUAACAAAAGAAAACGCCAAGGAAAAAACGGAAAAAAAAAUUCGCUCAUUUUUCUCAAUGAAUCUUCUUCCAAUUCCAACAACUGAUUUCUACUCUUUCGAUAUAAAAGUAAACAAACAACGACAAAAACCCAAACAGAUGACCUACAAUUAGAUCGAUGAGUUGAUUACAAUCAUUAUUUCUGUGGUCGGAAAGGAAUUGAUUAAUUUAACAGAAAUCGUCAAACGAAUCAAAUUGAAUGAACAAUUUAACCCAAAAUAUUCCUGAUGCAGAAAAACAAGACUAAUCUCAAUUAAUUUUCUAAUCUUUCCUUUUUCCCGCUUGAUAACUGAAAUUGGAAAAAUAUCUAAGUAUCACAAUUAACUUUUUUACAAGAACUGUUCUAUUCCCAUUCAAAUGUCCUUCCAAUAUAUUGAUUGUUAUCUUUUCUUUGCUAAAAAUCUAAGAAUGAAAUUCAUCGAAAAAUUCAAUACUUUUCAGCCUUUGCUCAGCCCAUUGAUUGUUUUCUAUGUUGAUUAUUAGCAAUCAAUUGUAAUUCUAUUGUCAACAACCCUUUUUACGUGCAAUUGCUACGAAUAAUCUUAAUGUUAGUUACCCAACUAUUUGCUAUUUAAGUGCUAAGACCGUGAACGAAUGGACAAAAGCUCUAAAUGGCACUAAGAUAUUUUCCUCUCGUUUGCAGUCAAUGUGUUUGCACGUAAACAAAGUGAUUGAAGUGUCUGUUUUGAUUAAAAAUCUAAUUUGUAGUAAAUUGAUCAAAUUAUUCCUGUAAUUAAGAUCUGAAGAAAUCAAUUAAAAUGAUGUUGAUCCAUUGCUAUAACAA